UGUUAUUGUUGGUGCACUGGAGUGAACUGCAUUUUAAGGUAUGAGUGGAAAAUUCAAAGCUUUUGUCUCAGAUGAGGAAGUCCAGGAACAGAGGCAGCGAAGGCAAGAACAAUGGGAGAAAAUCCGACAACCAGAUGACCCUUUAGAAUGUCCAGAAGAAGAGACAAGAUCAUUGUAUGAGCAGCUGCAAGCCAAUAAGGAACUAAAGGAACGAGAACAUGAGGAAGAAACAAAACUCCGCAGCAGUGUAAAAGUGUUAGAUGAAGAUGAAGUUCAGUUUCUCAAUUAUGUUUCUGAUAGACAAGUCCAGAUAGAGAAAGACAGGCACAAAGAGGAAAAGUCUGUUAUAGAAGAAUUGAAAAUGGCGUCUGUUAUUAAAGUACAAGAGAGUAAAGAGAAAGACAAAGCUAGCAGUGAACCUACAAAAUCAGUGUCUGUAGCUACCAGUAAAAAUUCUCAAAAACAGUUACUGCAGGGAGCCAUUAAGCGUAAAAGCACUGAUACAAAAUCAGAGUUGGAUGAAAAAAAACAAAAGGGAGAUGUUGAAGAAACCCUUGAAAGACCGGAUGCUAAGCUGAUGGCUGGUAUUUCUCCUUCAGAUGGCUUCAUGGUAGUAGCUGGUGUAUUGCCUGGCAUUGCUGACUAUGCCGAGGAUGACAGCAGCACAGAGAAUGAAAGCAACUCCAGUGAUUCUGAAACAGACCACGCCAUCAUGCCCAGUGCUCCCACACAAAGAUUAAUACAGCAAAUGGUACAAAGGUUGAAUGAAGAGGGUUGUGGAUAG